AUGGCGAUUCUCUUGUAUUUCCUCUUGCUUCUACUCCUUCCGGUUCUCUUCUCGGUAUUAUACACAAAGAAAAUCAAAGACUCAAAACAGAAUCUUCCUCCGAGUCCACCAAAGCUUCCGAUCAUCGGCAACCUACACCAGCUCGGAGGACUGCUUCACAAACGUCUUCACGAUCUCUCCAAGAAAUACGGACCCGUGAUGCUUCUCCAUCUAGGGUUUGUCCCAGUUGUGGUAAUCUCGUCGAGUGAAUCAGCUGAAGAAGUUCUUAAAACCCAUGACCUAGAGUGUUGUACACGACCCAAGGCUCUCGGAAUGCAGACGUUUUCGCGUAAAGGCAAAGACAUUGGUUUUGCGUCAUACGGUGAGGAAUGGAGAGAGUUGCGCAAGCUUGCUAUUCUCGAAUUCUUCAACACGAAAAAGGUUCGAUCUUUUAGGUAUAUCAGAGAGGAAGAAAAUGACUUGAUGAUUAAGAAACUGACGGAAUCAGCUUUGAAGCAGUCUCCAGUGGAUUUGAGCAAAACUCUAUUCUCUCUAGCUGCGUCUAUCACAUUCAGAUCUGCCUUUGGACAGAAUUACUUUGAAAGCAAGCAAAUCAAUAAGGAGAAGAUUGAAGGAUUGAUGUUUGAAGCACUGACAAAUAUGGCUUUCAAAUUCACUGAUCUUUUCCCUGUUGCUGGUCUCGGAUGGUUUAUUGACUUUGUGUCAGGACAACAUAAGAGACUUCAAAAUGUUUUCACUGAGGUUGAUACUUUUGUGAAGAAAGUGGUUGAUGAUCACUUGAAGAAUAAGCAUGGAGUAACCAGACAAGAUCGUCCAGAUAUGGUCGAUGCGAUGUUAAAUAUAAUAGAUAAACAAGAAGAAAAUGAAUCUUUCAAGCUCACAAUUGAUCAUCUCCAUGGAGUCAUCUCAAAUAUAUUUCUGGCUGGAGUGGACACAAAUGCCAGCAUCAUGAUUUGGGCGAUGGCAGAGCUCGUUGGAAACCCGAGAGUGAUGAAGAUAGCUCAGGAAGAGAUCCGAACAAGCAUUGGAGUUAAACCGCAAGAGAGAAUCUCAGAAGAAGAUCUUGAUAAGCUUCAAUACUUGAAACUUGUGGUGAAAGAAACCUUAAGAAAACACCCAGCAGGUCCUCUGUUACUUCCAAGAGAAGCAAUGGCUGAUAUCAAGAUUCAAGGCUACGACAUUCCAAGAAAAACCCUGCUUUACGUCAACGCUUGGACGAUAGGAAGAGACCCUAAAAACUGGGAAAAUCCAGAAGAGUUUAUCCCGGAGAGGUUUAUUGAUUCUCCUGUGGAUUACAAAGGACAGAGCUUUGAGAUGUUACCAUUUGGUUCAGGUCGGAGGAUAUGUCCAGGAAUGGCUUCAGCGAUUGCCACCGUUGAAUUGGGACUCUUGAAUUUUCUGUACUUUUUCGACUGGAAAUUGCCUGAGGGUAAGAAAGAUAUGGACAUGAAAGAAGCUGGUGAUGUUAUAGUUGGUAAGAAAGUUCCUCUUGUGCUUCUUCCAGUUCUUCGCCAGUAA